AUGGCACAGGUCGACAAGAAGCCUGUUGUGGAAGAUUCGAAAGUUUCCAUAUUCACCUCUAGCAGAUAUAAAACUGGCGUUGAUCAUUCGGCUUGGAAUCGUGCAUAUGCUCUCUCAGUCGUUCGUCAAUUGGGGUUGCGACCGGAUGUCAUCACUGAAGCUGCUAUCGAUUCGGUUAUGUCAAAUGUAAAUCAAGUAGUUCGCGAUGUUCUGACAACCGCUCAACUUCUUGUAGCACAAGGCAAACGGAUUAGACUGGAAGCACGUGAUAUUGAGAACAGCAUCGACCUCCGCGGGGUUUUGAGUUCGUGCACCUCUUCACGUGCUGCGUCCAAUACACAAUUUCGUCUCUCUGAUUCUCUUAACAAAGCACUCUAUCCAAAUGAUCAUUUUAUGGUAGAUCUCAGAGCAAUAAUGAAUGUGACCCCUCGUCGUAUGCCAUUCAAACGUCGUAUACGCAGAGGAUGGAAACCGUGCUACGAGACCUGGAAACAAGAUCGACCAGAGUCUGUCUCGUCCUAUCACCACGCAUUCGUUGUCUUU